AUGAAUCGAGCGGGAGGGAACGGAUUCUUCAGCGACCCAGAAACGGACGACACGCUUCGAAAUAUUAGACGAGAGUAUCUGGCAUCCAAGAAAAACCUACAAGAACUGCUCAUUACCAGCCCUACCGGUGUCAGAACUAGACCAGUGCAAGUGCCAACACCACCAACGGAUGGAUCUCGAAAAAUGACCAAAUUGAACGACGAUCAUCUGCGGUUGCAAUUGCGAGAAGGCUUGAAAUCGGACCUUGGUGCACCUCGUCCGGCAUCAGCGUCUUACAGACCACUCAAAGACACGGUUCCAGCACAAUACACAGAAAUAGAGAGUCUGCGAACGCUGUUCUACGACCAACAGCGUCGCAUUGACCACUUACAGCGGGGCUUCGAGUCACAGGGAGCGCGAAACGCAGCGUUGCACGAUCGUAUCUACUUUUUAGAAAGAACUGUGGCAAAGCUAGAAGCAGAACUAGACAGCAGAUCGCACGCUACCGAUUUGUAUGAGGCUCCACCGGGCUCUUAUUCAACAAGAAAUGCUCCAGCGUUCGAUUUUCAAGAUCGCGACAACACGAGAGCGUUGCUGGAUCCUCAGACCACCGAUAGGCCCACCAAAAGACAAAUUUCAAACUACGAAGACAGUACUACGAGGCUGAUUCAGCUGGCUCAGGGCUCAAACCGAUGGUAG